GGACUUCUCGACGGGAAGAGCUUCAAUGCUUCUGAACGUUGAUUUUCCCAAAUUUUGUCCAUGCCUCUCUCAUAGCGAAUCCUCGCCGAUAGAGCACAGCGACCGACCGCGCUCGGUGCCGUCAGCUUCUCCGUGACACAAGCAGCCCACAAAUAAAAUGGCGACAGUCUGCGCAACCAGCGUUAGGCGCUUGGCUUCUAUGUUGUGAAAGUGCGACUACCGUAAUGUCGUCGAAUCGAGUUCCGAAUUGAAGUUCUCAGGGAAGAACACAAACCCGGCCGGGAGGUCCUUCACGGCCUCAGCCAUGGAGAUGGACUUGACGCACCUUCCCCCCCGAAUGGAUAAUUCGGUCAUGGGGUCCAUGGAUGGUCUUCUACAAACCUCACUCCCAACCGAAACGGCUCGUCUGGAACACUGCUCAGACAAACACUCGAAGCAGGUUAUGGAGUCUAUAAACCAUCUCCGGCAUUUGGAAGAGCUGUGUGACGUCAAAAUCUUGGUCGGCAGUAAACAAAUCCGAGCUCAUCGCAUCGUUCUCACGGCGUGCAGUCCCUACUUCCACGCAAUGUUCACGGGAGAUUUGGCAGAGAGUAAACAAACAGAGAUAACGAUCCGCGAUAUCGAUGAACAUGCAAUGGAGCUCAUCGUAGAUUUCGCUUAUACCUCUCGCAUCGUCGUUCAAGAGUCGAAUGUUCAAAUGCUUUUGCCUGCCGCUUGCUUGCUACAGAUGCAAGAGAUCCAGGAAGUUUGUUGCGAAUUCCUCAAGAGACAAUUAGACCCGAGCAACUGCCUGGGAAUCCGAGCUUUCGCGGAUACUCACGCCUGUCGUGAGCUCCUCCGAAUCGCCGACAAAUUUACGCAACAUAAUUUCCAGGAAGUCAUGGAGUCGGAAGAGUUCCUGCUUUUGCCAGUCAAUCAACUUAUCGACAUAGUUUCCUCGGAAGAACUCAAUGUACGCUCGGAAGAACACGUGUUCACCGCCGUCAUGUCAUGGGUGAAGCACAACAUUACCGAGCGACGUCAGUAUCUUGGUCAGAUCCUCAGCCACGUGCGUCUCCCUCUGUUGAGUCCGAAGUAUCUUGUUGGCACGGUGGGGAGCGAUCUGCUCGUCAAGAGCGAUGAAAUAUGUCGAGAUCUUGUUGACGAGGCGAAGAACUAUCUAUUGCUUCCUCAGGAGCGCCCACUCAUGCAGGGGCCGCGAACGAGGCCUAGAAAACCAGUGCGCAAGGGUGAAGUUCUCUUCGCCGUUGGAGGCUGGUGUUCAGGCGAUGCAAUUGCUAGUGUAGAGCGCUACGAUCCACAAGCGAAUGAAUGGCGAAUGGUUUCGCCGAUGAGCAAACGCCGAUGCGGCGUGGGAGUUGCAGUCCUCAAUGAUCUUCUCUAUGCGGUCGGCGGACACGACGGGCAAAGCUAUCUAAACUCCAUCGAGCGCUUCGAUCCUCAAACCAAUCAGUGGAGCAGCGAUGUCUCACCUACGAGUAGCUGCCGAACUUCGGUUGGGGUCGCCGUUCUCGACGGAUACCUCUACGCGGUUGGCGGACAAGACGGAGUUUCUUGUCUUAAUUACGUGGAGAGGUACGAAGCACAGAAAAACCGCUGGACUAAGGUUGCCCCGAUGAGCACAAAACGGCUGGGUGUUGCCGUGGCCGUUCUCGGCGGAUACUUGUACGCGAUGGGCGGUUCCGAUGGAACUUCACCUCUCAAUACUGUCGAGCGUUACGACCCGAGGACCAACCGAUGGACAUGCGUUGCACCCAUGGGCACCAGACGGAAACAUUUAGGCUGCGCGGUGUAUAACAACAUGAUAUAUGCAGUCGGUGGUCGAGACGACACCACCGAACUGUCCUCGGCUGAGCGUUACAACCCUCAGCUGAACCAAUGGCAGCCCAUUGUCGCAAUGACCUGUAGAAGAAGCGGCGUAGGACUCGCUGUGGUCAACGGAUUACUCUACGCCGUCGGUGGCUUUGACGGCUCCGCGUACCUCAAAACGAUCGAGGUCUACGAUCCCGACGCAAAUCAGUGGAAGUACUGCGGGAGUAUGAACUACCGGAGACUUGGAGGCGGUGUUGGAAUAGUCCGUCUGCCACAAUGCGAUAUGACCACGCACUCCUUUUGGUAGAAACAGUCACAGAUGAUUUUUGUGAACGCGUAAUCUCAGAAGGUGAAUCGAAUGUGUGUGUGAGAGACUAGAAGAAUGGAAGUCACCGAAUCCAUGUUUUCCUCAUGGAUCCGCUG